AUGGCUUCGACCAGAAAGGAAGCGUUCUCCGUCAAUGACAUGCCAUCUCUUGCUGGCUUUAUCGCCAUCGUCACUGGAGGUAGUGAUGGUAUUGGCUAUGUGGCUAGUUACCAGCUAGCUAUACAUGGAGCACGAGUCUACAUCAUGUCUCGAUCCUUGCAAAAAGCGGUGAAAGCCAUUUCAAACAUGCAAAAAUCUACACCUGGUAAAGAGCUUGACUUGCACUUCUUGCAAGUAGACCUUCAGAGUCUGGGCAGUGUCAAUGAAGCAGCCCAGAGAUUCAAAGAAACGGAGUCGAGACUCGACAUCCUCGUCAAUAACGCUGGUAUCAUGGCUGUGCCAUACGCUUUGACCCCCGAUGGUUACGAGACGCAAUGGCAAACCAACUAUCUCUCCCCGUUUUUCUUGAUCAAGUCUCUUCUCCCAGUUCUAUGUUCCACUGCCGCUGGAACUACCUCUCAAGGUCGCGUUCGAAUUGUGAACGUAUCAAGUGAUGCAGCGUUCGUCGCUAUAACGCCCGACUGCGACCUUGAGAACCCAAAUCUCGAUCACCUAAAGGGUAAUCUUGCUAUAAAAGCCUACGCCGUUCACCCAGGUGUGAUUGAGACAAAUCUGCAAGCUGCCGACCCUACAAUACUCGGCAAGAUCGUCAAAUUCUCAGUCAAGUGGGGCUUGGUACCAGGCAAGUUGGGAAGGGAAGAUGGAGCAAGGACAACUCUCGCUUGUGCUACUGGUGAAGACAAGGGUAUCGUAGAAGGAAGUGGAGCUUUCUUUGGUCCCUUCGGACAAAGGGACAAGAGGGGCGAUGCACUGAUUCGAAAAUGGCAGCCAAAGAACAUAGAGGAAAAGCUGUGGAAGGCCAGUGAGAAAAUGUUGAGGGAAAAGGGAUUCGAAGUUUAG